CCGCUUCACCUCCCCCCCUCCAACCCUUACCUCGGCACCUUCCAUCCUCUGGCCGGUCGGUCUACCCGGCUUUUCGCGAUUGGACGCGCCUGACGUCCGUCAGGGUGGAGGCGGACCAAUCGGAGCGCGGGGAUCUCUCCCUUUCCUUCACCUGUCGGGGUCCCGCCUUCUUCCGCGGGGUGAGGGCGAGCGGCGGGCCAGGGCCGGCGCGCGACCGUGAGGAGGGCGGGUUGCCGAGCAAAGAGAAGAGAAAGGAGGGGAGCAAGUUGACCUCUCCAGGACUAAAUGGCCUCACCAGAAGGAUGGAUGGAAUUUGACGAUUCUCCCUGCCGAAGAGUGUGUCUGCUGAUUUAAAAGACAGACGGUUAAUAUCUUGCACUGCAACUGGAAUUUAAGUUUGACUGUCGGCCAAAAAGUGUUUCCACCUCUUCCUCAUUUUCUUUUUAAGCUUCCUUGCUCUGGUUAUUGGUUUUAUAAGUGAUUUAAAAACUCUCCUUGGCUGUUUAGGAAGCAAUUUUUGGAUUCAAUUUUUCUCUCUAGGAAUUGCCCUCAAGAAGAGAGAGGCAGACAGAAGGAACUCUUCGAAUUGGAUUGGAAUUUACUUGUAUGUGUGAACUUGAGAUCAAGUGGGAACGUUUGGUUGAAGUGGAAGAAUUCAGAGCGUUAUCACUGGUCCCUUCCCUCAACUGUCACCAGCAUCAACAGUUUUGCCUGUCGUUUCCGACAAAUUGGGUGUCGGGGGGUGAUCACUGGAUCUUGAGCUGGUUUGUUUGGUGUUUGCCCCCACUGGAUUUAUUUCUUUAGGAUCUGGCCUCUGCAUAUUUGAAGAAAAGACCAGGGAAGAAAAUUAAAAGGAGAGAGUUGAUUGUGCACUUGCUGAUUUUUUUUUUUACUGUCUUUUAUAAUCUCCUGCACCACCCUACCACCAAAAAGCGUCCCCCUACUCCCAAGUUGGUAUAUCUAUUCUGUGCGUGCAAAGAGAUACUCUCGCCAUUUUACGGUCAAGAAUUGAAUCCCACGUAACACUGCCUUGAGAGUCUGAAAUCGGAAGGAGACGGAGUGGGGGAAAUCAGAUACAGUGGCAAAGAUUUGUAAAGCAGCAGUGGGAAAGAGCUGAAAAGAUUUUUCUGUUGCUUUGGCAAUUGGAUUUAAAACCUUGCUGGCAUAGCCCCUCACAUUUCCUCCCCCACUCCGUCUCAUACCUUAGAGCACUGCCUGAUCCUAGAUUUCUGCCUUGAUUUCCACCCUCUUUCACCCCAACAAUCUGUUUAAUUAUCAGCUUGCUUUAUCUGAGCUCCGUCCACUUUAGUACCAGGCUCCAAUGUCUGAUUUCUUCUCCCCUCUACACCCCUACCCUCCUGUAACCUUGAAGGUCAACCUAAGCUGCUGAUAAGAAUUGGAGUUUACACUAGAGUUUCAUUGUCCAAAAAGGUCCCAGUUUUCCUGUUGAUGCCCAUCUAGGAAGAAAUCCUUGGUUCUUCUUCCCCAACGCCAACAGAAAGCUACAUUGGAUAGAAAAAUAAAUUGCCAUUUAUUCCAUAAACCAUUUCCUAACAAGUUAGCUCACUUUCUCACUUCCAGACCCAGAUUGAAUCUUGCCUGCAACUCUGUUUUCCGCUAGAUGUUAUCGGUUGGUUGAUCCUGGUGUGAGGUGUAGAGUUUUGACUGUCUUAUCUUGAACAAGCUCCUCCAUGUAGUUUCAGCAACUGACCCCAUUUUGGAGCAGUUCCCAUAUAGAUUUCCUGGUGCCCUAGCUUUGUUUAGGGUUUCAGGUCCGUACGUUUGCUUUUUAAAAGAGCACACCAUCAUCCACCCCUGUCAAAAGAACAUUAAAUCUGCACCCCAUCUUCAGGUGUGUAAUCAAGAUUUGCCUAUCUCAGCGUGCUCUGUAUCCAUCCUUAGUGUUUUCCUCCAUUCUUCAUCCGCCUUGUCCUUUACUCAGUCCUCCAGUUUUGACAGUCUCUUGCUACCAUUUCUCUACCUUCCUCCAAUGCUGGACCAGACACAUCAGGAUCUCAGUCAGUGAUUCAUCCCAUCCCACCACCAUUGUCUUCCCCUGUCCCCCCCUUAACCCACCACAACAGUUACCCUGGGCUAUGCUGCUGAGCAGGGCUGCUGACCGAGCAACAUGCCAUUGGGAACGGAGAGGAAAUUCAAACCCAGCAAGUACAUCCCGGUGUCGGCAGCUGCCACUUUUCUUGUGGGAUCCACCUCCCUGUUCUUCGUUUUUCCGUGCCCAUGGCUCAGCCAGGCCUACUCACCCGCCAUUCCUAUCUACAAUGUUAUCAUCUUUCUGUUUGUGCUAGCAAACUUCAGCAUGGCCACAUUCAUGGACCCUGGCAUCUUCCCAAGAGCUGAUGAAGAUGAAGAUAAAGAUGAUGAUUUUCGGGCUCCGCUCUAUAAGAAUGUAGAGAUCAAAGGCAUUCAAGUCCGGAUGAAAUGGUGCUCAACUUGCCGAUUCUACCGCCCACCCCGGUGUUCGCACUGCAGCGUCUGUGACAACUGCGUGGAGGAGUUUGACCAUCACUGUCCUUGGGUGAACAAUUGCAUUGGGCGAAGGAACUACCGUUACUUCUUCCUGUUCCUCCUCUCUCUUACCACCCAUAUCAUCGGGGUCUUCGGCUUUGGCCUCCUUUAUGUGCUCAACCAUGUGAAUAAAUUGUCUGAUGUGCACACUGCUGUCACUAUGGCAGUCAUGUGUGUGGCAGGCUUGUUCUUCAUUCCUGUGGCUGGUCUGACUGGAUUCCACAUCGUGCUGGUCGCGAGGGGACGGACAACCAAUGAGCAGGUUACAGGGAAAUUCCGAGGUGGAGUGAAUCCCUUCACACAGGGCUGUUGGAUGAAUAUCUCAUAUGUCCUCUGCAGCUCACAAUCACCCAGGUACAUCAGCCGAGAGAGGAGGGAGUUCAUUACUCCUGUCCAGACUCCCUUCUUGCGUCCCUUGGUUUCGGACACUGAGGUCACCAUGAAGCUGAUGGACAAUGGCAUUCAAACAAAUCUCAAGAGAACACGGUCCAAAGGAAGUCUGGAAGUUAUGGAAAGCCAGUCAGCUGAUGCUGAACCCCCUCCUCCACCUAAACCUGAUUUACACCGUUACUCAGGCCUCAGGGCACACUUGUCUCUGGCAACAAACGAGGAGAGUAACUUGCUGAACAGAAUGGACAACCCACCGACACCCACUAUGUACAAGUACAGGCCAGCUUACAACAGCCCAGGGCGCAACCAUGCUGUGCUCACGCACUCCACCAGUGAAAAGAUUUCCAGAGGUGAAACCAUGAAAGAACCUUUGCCUAUUGAUGAGAGCAGCAGGAGUCAGAGCUACAAAUCGGAGCCCAACCUGGAGUCGGAUGCAUGCCGUUCACCAACCAUCUAUAAGAGCUUCCAGUUUGAGCCCGCUUCCAAUGGCUCGCGCUCGUCCAGUCUGAAGUCAGCUCAUGGUGGAGGCUUUGAGAUGAGCCAUCUGCAGUCCAUUCGCUCUGAGGGAACCACCUCUACCUCUUAUAAGAGCUUGGCCAACCAGACCCGUAAUGGAAGCAUGUCCUAUGACAGCUUGGCCACCCCCUCAGGUAGCCCAGAAGUGGAGUCGCCCUGCCCAGUGCCAGGUCCUGAGCCAACAGGCUACCAUUCACCCUUUAUGUCAGCCAAGAUUGCUCAGCAAAGGGAGGCGGACCUCCACCGCUACCCGCUAGCCCCUGGUGCAUAUGGAGCCCCUCCCCACUGUCCCAGGGACCCUCCAGCCAUCUCCUCUUCCGAUAGCCGGUCGCGACAGGAGCGGGAAAAGCUGCUGCGAACAGACGAGACGCCCGCUGUCACUGCCCACCAUCACCAGCAUCAUGCCCGGAUCAGUAUGUCCUCUGAUGACACCAGGCGCUCACCUGGCCUUAAAAGUCCAACCCAGCGAACCACGUCUCCACUAGUCUCUUCGACCUCUUCCUCCUCUUCUCAGUCUGGUGGAGCCCCUGGUCAACCUACACGUUUCUCCAGGGUCUCUGAGGGUGGUGCACACACCCCCAGGGUGCGCUCCAUGUGCUCACCUGAGGCUCCCCUGUCUUCUUCUGCCAUGGGCAAGUCAACAUCCUAUGUGGUUGCACGGCCUCCAUAUGGAGCUGCAUUGGACACCAGUGAAGUAUUGGCAACAACGCACCCACUAUUGGCUCCCAAAGACGAGGUGAGGAUGAAGGGUUCCCACAGCAAAAGCAAUGGACAGCCUAAAAGUCUGAGCAAGGCAGAUUCGCGGCAGACCUCAUCACCUCCUUGCCCUGGGGCUGCCAGUGGAGCACCCCUGAGCCCCAGUAAAGGUGUGAAAAAAGUCUCAGGAGUUGGAGGGACCACCUAUGAAAUCUCUGUGUGAGACCAAGCAAGACAGAGAGAGAGAGAAACUGAGGCACCUCACAAAAGACUCUUCUACACAGCCAGCAGGGACUGCAUCUCAAGUUGACAAGACUUAAUUCCUUUGGGAUCUGAAAGGAGAGUGUAAGGAGAGGAGAACUGAACACUGGAGAGCUCUCCUGAUCCUCUUCCAUGACUUGGUUAAACGCGGUGGGAAUCCUUCUAUGCGCAAAUCCAAAUUUUAGCCAAUCGUAAGUUUGAAGGAGAGAAAGGAGAGAGAAAGAAACACCCCACAGCCCUCACAAACACAGUGCAGACACAUGCAGAGGAGAGCCAUGAGAGGGAUGCAAAUGUGUGUGACAGGGUCUAGUGGGAGACAAGGGGUGGUGGGAAAUAUCUGAGCGGGACAAGGGAAUGAAGAGAGAUUUGCAGCUUCCUCUCCAGACCGAGGAGAUAAGAGCUUGCAUUGUGUUAUUUUAAUUCUGUUUAAUGUUCCACCCAACCUCACUCCUUUUCUCUCUCUCUCUCUCUCUCUCUCUCUCACUCUUUCUCUCAUGCAAGUUUGAGAGUUCGAUCACUGAGGAGCCGACAUUGUGCAAUCAAACAGGGGGGUGGGGUGGAGGCGUUUGGAGGACAGAAGCCUAAUGGAAGAAAGCAAAGACUUUUGAAAAACAAAAGGAAUUUUUUAUAUAUAUAUAUAAAUAUAUAUAUAUAAUUAAAGGGAUUAUUUACUCUCUAUCCUUCCAAUGGUGGAAAGGCUCAAACUAUUAACACACUCCCUGGCAACAGCGGGGAAGCAGGGGUGGGAUGUUAUGAGCUGCUACAAAGGAGGAGAAGGACAUGGGGAGGGAGAGAAGGUGACAUUUCACAGACUGGUGUCUCCCUCAUGCUGCUUAUCCUUCUCACUUUACUCUGACUGCUCACAUUGCACCUUUUGUUUUAAACCACCUUGCCCCACCUCCCAAAAGCCCACUUUGGUGGACAUGCCCUGUACCAGCCUCACCUAUACUCUCAGUCCUGGCUAUCCUGGUCAGAUUUCCGAAUCCCAGCAGCAUUGGGAGUUUUCUGAAGGGGGCAUGAGGUUUGUGGGUGUGGAAACAUCUUGAUCUGAAUAUAAUAAAUAUUUUCAAAAUAAGCUAUUAAAUAGACAAGGAAAAUUA